CUUCCUUUCCAUUUAUGUUGAUUUAAAGUUUUUCUUUUUCUAUUUAAAAAUUCAAACUUUCUAGGAAAUGGGAUCCUACAUUCUGGUUACAUGUUUUCCCUCUAUAAAUUGUAAUUCGCUUUUAGUCCUGGAAGAAUAACCUGUUUCUGGGUUUUGUAAGACUUGAGUCUCUUCUUUGAUUGUUUUGGCUUCAAAGUUGGAACUUUGUCAGUGUAAUUCAAUAUCCGAUAUCUUAUGAGUGGGGAGGAAUUAAUGGAAGAUGUAUAUAUCAAGAAUAACAUAUACGAAAUUGCUUCUGCUCUCUCCUUCAAACUUUCUUGAUGCAUAUCAAAUACCUAUUUGCCUGAUUAUAAGGCUUUAGAUGUUACAAGAGUUUGAUGUCAGCUGGGAUUUGGGAUUGGGGAUUAGCAUGGGGGAUUCAUCUUUCUGGUUGGCUAUUCGAAAGUAAAAUGCCCAUGGUGAUGCUGUGAGGUAUACAAACAUUCUUAUCACCAAUCGUAAACUCUUCUCGUCAAUGGAUGAUUUUUUCACGCGUCUCUUGACAAUGGCUAGUUAUAUAGGUCAUAGAUUUACUCAAUUUAUUGAGGGCCUUGUAUUCAGAGAUCUUAAUAGACGCUCAGGAAAUGUGGUAGUCCAUUGUACUGAAGAACAUCCAACAUCUCUUAGACACAGCAAUUCUAAAGGUUUCUCAAAAGGCUGUUCUUCAUCAUCCAAACCUUACGUUGAUGGUACAUCCUUCACAAAUGAUGAAACAAGAAUCACAGACUCUGAGGAAGAAUUGAUUAUAUAUACAAGCUCUGAGAUUGUAAUAACCAACAUCAGCCAUGCAGCCUCCUCUUUCAUUUUUUACGGGCUGUCUUUCCCUAUAACUGGUUUACGGUUUGCCUGGAGGUUGGCAACGUUCUCCUGGAGAUUUUCUUUCUCUUACAUUAGAUGUGCUCAAGUUCAUCUUUAUAGCAUCACAUCUCGAUUACAGAAAACUUUGCGUGGGUCUUCUGAUGAUAUCGGGUGGUUGCAGCACACUCCUGGAAUGCCUCCUGUGGAAGAUGGUACAGCAAGGUUUUUGGAAUUGCUUGCAGAAAUAAGGAAGGGAAAGCACACACUCCCCAACUCAUUUGUUUAUCUACUAAUUCCAGGCCUCUUUAGCAAUCACGGUCCACUAUACUUUGUUGGCACUAAGAGAUUCUUUUCGAAGAUGGGUCUAGCUUGCCAUAUUGCGAAAAUUCACAGUGAGGCAUCUGUAGAACACAAUGCAUGGGAAAUCAAGCAGUACAUCGAGGAGCUUUACUGGGGAUCUGGCAAGCCUGUGAUGCUACUAGGCCACAGCAAAGGUGGGGUUGAUGCUGCAGCUGCAUUGUCAAUGUACUGGACAGAUUUGAAAGAAAAAGUUGCUGGUUUAGCACUGGUACAGAGCCCCUAUGGUGGCACCCCUUUAGCUUCUGACAUUCUUCGCAAAGGCCAGAUUGCUGAUAAGGAAACCCGGAGAAUCAUGGAGCUUUUAAUAUGCAAGUUAAUUAAGGGUGACAUACGGGCGUUGGAGGAUCUUACAUAUGAUAAGCGAAAGGAAUUCAUCAUGAAGUAUAAACUUCCAGAUCAAAUCCCUCUCAUCUCCUUCCACACAGAAACAAGCAUUGCUCCUGGAGUCAUUGCAACAAUGACACACAUAGCUCAGGCAGAACUUCCCUGGCUUCCCCUUCUAAAAUUCAGAAGUGAGGAGGAAUCAGAUAGUUUCCUUCAAGCAGGACACCAGGUGCCUGUGGUGAUACCUUUGUCUGCUGCCAUGGCUGUGUGUGCACUGCACUUACAGCUCCGGUAUGGUGAGAAGAGUGAUGGAUUAGUAACAAGCCGCGACGCUGAAGUUCCAGGCUCUAUCGUGGUCAGACCUGAUCGGAAGCUUGAUCAUGCCUGGAUGGUUUAUUCAUCCAAAAAGAAUCCUAGUGAGGCAGAUGCUUGCGAAAUGUGUGAGGCUCUUUUGACUCUGCUUGUGGAGAUUGGAAGAGUGAUGCAAGAAAGAAAGGAAAAAAGCAGGGAAGUUUUCCUUACUUGAGAAGAAACAAGCGAAAUUUUACUAUACAUUUGUUGUUCACUGUAAAGAGUAAAACACAAGCAAAUGAUCGACAACAAAAUUUUGGCAUUUAACUGAGACUGUUCCAUUCUUGUUGAA